ACAUUUUGUAGUUUACGUUCAUUUAAAAUCUUUGAAAACUUGGGGGACUCAAAAGGCACCCAAUUCAGAGAACCAGAAUUUCCCUUUCCCCUGACCGUUUUUCCGAUUAGUGAAGAACCAAUGCGAACCUAACUUCGUUGAGACCAUGGAUCAGACCAAAUACGCACUGAACACGUACUCCGUGUUAGCCGCCGUUCUGGGAAAAGUUAGCUUCUGGCUUGCACGGUAGCGGAUCAGAGUUUGUGUUUUCAAAAACAUUUCAGGAUCUUUGCUACUCCACUAAGUGACGGAUCAUGAAAAGGGCCAGAAGUGGUGAUGAGGAAGAUCCCCGGCAGAAUGCCUCUCCAGCCCAGCCGCAAAGUGAUGGGGACAGCAGUGGUUCUGGUUGUGGCCUCAGCUCAGCUGACAUGCAACAUAAAGAGGAUUCGCCGGGUACCCGGAGAGAAAUACGGAGCAAGUACAGAGAACUCAUCCUCUCAGUGCAAAAAAAUAGGGAAGACAUGCUGAGUGCUUCCAACAAUAAGCUCACAGAAGUUUUGGAAAAGGCAAACAAACUUUUUCAAGAUGUGCGGCAGCCGAGAGAAGCUGCUCUGGAUGCUCAGCUCCUCGUUGUGACCACAGACCUGGGCAACGAGAAAGCCAGCCAACUUUCCGCGGAGGGUGCUUCUUUUGAUUCAGUGGCUUUCACUGAACACCUUCUGUCCUACAUGGGUCUGAAACGACUAACCAAUGGGGAAGACGGGCAGCAAAACGGAGCGGCUUUUGGCUACCUGCCUCAGGAUGCUUGGCAAAAAGUGGCCCAGAGAGCAGAGAACUGUUUCAGGGCAGCCCCCUCCUUCCACUACAUGAUGGGAUCGUUCCAUGCAGAGCCGCCUUCUCCAAAGCAAAGGAUAGAACGGCAAAGGAAGGCCCCCACUAAAGAAGUGAAAAGGAUGAUGCCUACUCAGCUGAAGAAAAUGGGAGACUCCCAUCAAGAAGCAACAGAGAAAGAGGUGGAAAGGAUCCUGGGAUACCUGAAGAAGUAUUACCAAGAUGAUCCAACAUCACCAAUUUUCUAUUAUGAGUUUGUCAUCGACCCCAACUCGUUUUCCCGGACAGUUGAGAACAUUUUCCACACAUCCUUUCUCAUCCGGGAUGGGCUGGCCAGGAUGUAUUUGAAUAGUAACAGAUUACCUUGUAUAGCACCAGUGGAGGAGGGAGAGGUGGAAGCUGGAGGAUCAAGCAUCCGUAAACAGUGUAUUGUCUCCAUCAGCCCAAAACUAUGGAAGGAAAUAAAAGAGGCCUACGACAUCAGAAAUGAGCUGAUUCAGCCUGAAUAAUGGACCCUGCCAUAUUUUGUUAGAUGAUUAUUGUUUUUAGAUUUGUUGUUUUUUGUUUUUUUUUGCCAAUCUUUACGAAUAAAAGUGCUUAAAAAAAAAAAAAAAAGGGAG